CGACGCGCCGUAUUUAUUACCACCAUAUCGUACACCAAUAUCCUCUCCAACGGCGCCAUCAUCACUGCCACUCCGUCACCAGUGAGUGCGAGCCACUAGCUCCGUCUCCGUGAGAUGCAACCAGCUGCGGCGCCGGCAAUGCCGUCCAUCCUGCUGCUGCUCGCCCUGCUCGCGGCCACGGCCGUGGGCGCCGGAGCUGGGAGGACGCCGACGCUGGUGUUCAUCCUGGCGGGCCAGUCCAACAUGGGCGGCCGGGGCGGUGCCACCCUCAACAACCGCUGGGACGGCGUGGUGCCGCGGGAGUGCGCCCCCUCGCCGCGCACGCUCCGCCUCUCCCCCGCCCUGCGCUGGGAGGAGGCCCGGGAGCCGCUGCACUCCGGCAUCGACGUGGGCAACGUGCUGGGGGUCGGCCCGGGCAUGCCGUUCGCGCACGCGCUGCUCCGCGCCCCGGCGUGCCCCAAGGGCGCCGUCGUGGGCCUCGUCCCCUGCGCGCAGGGCGGCACCCCCAUCGCCAACUGGUCCCGCGGCUCCCACCUCUACGACCGCAUGCUCACCCGCGCCCGCGCCGCCGUCGCCGGGGCCAAUGGCAAGGGGAGGAUCGCGGCCAUGCUCUGGUUCCAGGGCGAGACCGACACCAUCCGGCGCGAGGACGCGCUGGCCUACACGGGGCGGAUGGAGGCUCUGAUCCGGGAUGUCCGGCGGGACCUCGGCAUUCCAAACCUCCUCGUCAUCCAGGUCGGGAUCGCGACGGGGCAGGGCAAGUUCGUGGAUCUGGUGCGGAAGGCGCAGCGGGCGGUGCGGGCGCCCAACCUCAGGUACGUGGACGCCAUGGGCCUCCCCGUCGCCAACGACUUCACGCACCUCACCACCGCGGCGCAGGUCCGGCUCGGCAAGAUGCUCGCCGACGCCUACGUCGCCACGCUCCACUGAUCGAUAAUCCAGUGACCAUGAUUGCUUACUAGUGCGUGUGCCUGCCUGAUUACUACUAAUAAGCACCUGGAUUAUUGUUUAGUUUGAUUGAUACUAGGCCAUACCAUCAUUGGAGAGUUUGCUGAUGAUUAGUGUGAUGGAUGACAGAUUAAGUGGCUAAUGAAUGAUUCUGCUUAAUUUAUACUAGUCUGUAGCAGCAGCAGUAUACCAUGUACUCCGUAUGUCAGGCUCCCAAAGGUUGCCACUGAGUACUAGAUUAUUGCUGCCAUUAGUAGGUACUCUCUUCGUUUCAAAAUAUAGUGCGACCGCGCUCCCUGAGGUCCAACUUUGAUCAUAAAUUUAAUCAACGAGACCAACUGCGGCGGGAGAAAAAAUUAUAUAAUUGGAAACUUCUUUCGAAUACGAAUUCACUGAUAUAAUUUUUGCUCCCGCCGCAAUCGGUCUUGGUAGUUAAAUUUAUGGUCAAAGUUGAAGCACGAGGAUAGAGGAAGCACUACAUUGUGGAAUGGAGGGAGUAUGAUUUAUGCAUUGUAUUCUUCCCUCUUUUGCCUGUAAAUGUGAAGGCAGCUGAGCUACAUUAAUCGACUCCAACAUUCUCAAA